UCAAAAUCCCGAUGAAAUGAAAAUUUAAAACUUCACAAAUCAGUCCCGAACUAAACUUUUCUUCUUCCACUUCUCAUUAUCGACUCUCUUUUCAGAGAUUCUGGACGAAUAUAAGUCGAUGAUUUUAUUAUUUCGCAGGGCUGCUGCUGCUUUGGGUUCUAGGACAAACUAUCAAUCAUUAGGGCCGGGAUAAUUUGCCACUGUGCCGUGCCGUCUGUACGUCACACAUUCGUGAAUAAUUUAGCGGAGGUUUCUCCUUUAGGAGUCCUGGAGUUCGUUACCAUUGACUCCUGAUAACAAAUCUGCCAUUAGUUUCGAGUUUUAGACCCUUCCGGCUGAUGAAUUUACACUCUUUUCCUGUGUAGUAUUGUUCUCUGGGCCCUGUAUCCCGGAAGACAUCCGAACGGGAAGAACACAACUACACCAGCUGCGUUUGACGGCCAUUUUUGAGACGACGCGCCAGACAGUUCCUACUCUGCCACUCAUUACCACACACCCGCUCAGACAAGUCUAUUCAUUCCCUGCCAUUCCGGAACAUUCCAAGACGAAUUUGCCGUUUUUUUAUUUUGCGAAGCCUGCUGUUGUUUUCGACAUUGUGAUCUUUAAAGUUGAAAGGUCUCCGAACGUGGAAACGAACUGAAAAUUCCUUAAGCAUAGCGCUGAUCACCCGGAUUACGAAUCACUGUGGCCAUGUCGUCGAGAGCGUCCUCCAGUACCAGCGAGUACACAUCCGCCAAGGUGUUGGCCUGGGCUCGCGGUCUAGAGACAUUUGAGCGCAUUGAUUUCGUCUAUCUGCUGAUGCACAGUCUAUUCCCCACGGAGCUGCGCUACAUUCACGGCGUUAUUGACGGGUUUCUCAAGCGGGAUGAAUCCCUGUACACCAACUCACUGAAUCAGGCCAAUAAUUUUGUACGCUUGUCGCAUUUCUAUGAGAACUACGAUCCGCGCAACGUGAUGGCGAACGAUGGGUUGCGGCGCCAGUUUAUUGUGGAUUUGUCGGCGUUGCACCCCCUGAAUUUCUAUUGUGCCGAUAUCUUCUUUGGGGUGCUACAGCGCGCCGAACUGGGAACGUGGAAUUUCAACGGGGACAGUCAGAAGCUGCUGCGGGAGUUGAUCCUCAUCACGAUUAUGGUCGCACGUCAUGCCGCUUUCCGCUUCGACAAUAGGUUGUUUAUUUGGAAUAUCUCCAAAAUUCUGUCGCAAAAACUGCAAGCAUUGAAGGAGGCGGAAGAACAGGCCGAACUGGCAAGGCAGGAGACAGAGGAAGAGCCAGAACAGCCUAAAGUGGACCUAAUCCCGGCAGCUAAUGCUAACCCUGUGGAACACCAGCCUACCAUAACCGCUUCUGGUUCCCUGGUUAGGGCCGACAGAUUACCGAAUGGCUAUUACGAACAUCCACAUCCACCUGCAGCGCCCUUCGUCGAAGUUGAGAAAAACCCGCAGAAGCCGGCUAUGUAUAAUCCCAAUUUUCCGCCGCUUUCUGCUGCAGUCCAGUCUCCUUUACUCCCUGGUGGAAUGGUCAAUCACAGACCAAAAGCUCCGUCCGUACCGGCCCGGAUGAAUGAGAAUGUUGGGAGAAAUUUUUAUGAUUGCAGUGUAUCCUCCCCAACGUAUCCUCCGAAGAAAACGGCUGAGCCAUCUGUGAUUCCCCGAAGUAACUCAGUAGAACAUUGUGAUCUCCAGAAACGUCAUUCAGAAACACCGAAAGUCGAGAAGUCGGCCAUCCAUGGUGGUAAGGGCUUGGCACCUCAGCAGUCGAUGUCUUCCACUGCGGAAUUUCCACGCCUGCCCAGCGACAGUAUGCCCAUUAGACCAAACGUGGUGGCACCGGUUGCCGGAUUCUUCCCCGAAAACAUGCGGAGUGAUAUGGCCGGAGUGGGCAAGAGGAACUCCACCGAACCGGAAGAACUUCGCCAUGCAGUUCCCAACGCCGAGCAGUGGCCUGUGCAUAUGAAUAACCCGUUACCACCAGGCAUCACUGGAGCAUUUCCACGUAUUUAUUCCAUAACUGGACCGAAUGGCCCGCGUUUGCCCAGUCAUGUUCCUUACAUGGUGCAGCCGAUGCAUCCUCCGAACUUCCCGGCUCAGUCAGUUCCGCUAUAUCAAAAGCCUGUGUCAUGUUAUAAUUGCGGGGUAACUGGGCAUAUUGGAGAAUACUGUCCCCGAAAGAAGCAGCUAGAUCCAGAAGAAGCCGAAAAAUAUUGCCCUCUUCAACGCGACGCCAAACUGUAUCCGGAAAAAGGUCGACCGUCGUCACGAUUACCUGGGCGCCACCAUACAUAAUCCUUGUUGCAUCCUAGCUAAUUCUCAACACUGCUCCAGCAUUUAAAAUGUUUGUUACUGGUUCGUUAUCCAGCAGAUUACCGUUUUUAUUCGUUCGUGGCAACGGAGACCUGCCUUGUCCUUUCAACAAGGCGCAGUAUAAAUUUUGCGCAGAGGUCAAGAAAUGAAGCGCUGCCACUGGCACGCAAGAGUGCGCCAUGCGGUGGAUAACUUCCCUGUAAUCUCACUUAGCCGAAAAUUGAGGUCUGGAGAUGCUGGUUUUAUUUUUGUUGUUUGGAGGAGUCUGGGGGAGAGCUGUUAAGACCGACGAAUGUGCAACCGUUUUGGUCUGUGGAGCUCUUAUUUGUUCCUUUUUUACUGGUGACGUCAUGGCUGCGGCAGUGUUUUCGUGAUUUGCCUUUUCUAUGGAAAUGUUACGCUACUCUUAUUGUUGUUAAUCCAAGUGGCCGCUCAGGGUUGUAGAUACGUACCUACCUACCUGUAUUUGUGUUUGAUACUUGCUUUAUUGCGCUGUACUUAAUUUUCACUGCUUUCGCAACUGUGCAAAAAUUCUUUACAAUUUACAGUGUAUCUUUAUGAGAAAAAGUCGAUCUUUAUCUGAUCGUUGAAAUCUUCAAAUUGAUAAUUUCUCUUUUGCAACUGCCAAUACUAAAGUCUAUCGGAAUUAAAAAUCUU